AGUGAGGGUGGCUGUAGCCACGCCCCCAUAACUAGCUAUGUGUUGUAGAAUGCAAAAGUCCAAUCAACAAGUCAAUUGUUUCAUAGAAUUCAAAGACAAAGUUAUCAGAUGUAUCACCUGAACCUCUGAAACGAUGAGAAACAUAGAUACCUCUAGAACAGAAGGUGAUUUAGGUUUUAGACCAAGAACUUUCCUAUUGGUCAAUUUGUUCAGUAUGCAAAUGAGGACUACUACGUCAGAUCCUGAACUUGAGCGCCAUUUUUUCCUCAACAGGGGAAGAAAGGGACAAAAGCUGGACCAAAAUCAACUUGUAUUUACAAACCUCACCUUCCUUAUUAGACCUCAUCCUCCAUUCAGCGGUGUAUGCAGAGAGAGAAAGCUGCUCGGAUGAGUACCUGUGUGCAGCCCGGGCAGCGGACGCAGCUUACCGACGCACACAGUUGAGGGCCGGCGGAAGUGAAAAGCGUUAGCCCUGUCGGAGGUGGCACAGCGACAACUAACGUUAACCUACGCUGAAAAUACGACGAGGAACAAUGUAUCAGGUUCCGGUUGGAAAUAUUGAGAAGAUCCGAAAGGCUCGGAAGGCAGUGAAGAACAUCCUAACUGAGAUCGGCCUAGAAGACUGCAAAACUCUGCUAAAGGAUCUAAAUGAAAGCUCUGAGAAAAACUCAGAUGAAGAGGAAACCUUUCAGGAAACUGAUUGGUAUGAUUUCACAGAUGGAUACAAUGGCAGACAAUUUAAAAAGUGGCCUUAUCGGUCGCAAACUCUGUGCUGUAACCUGUGCAAGUACUCCACUAAAAACAUCUACAACUUCAGGUCCCACGUCUCUCGCUGCCAUAAAUAUGUGCAGUCCUACUGUGCGCUCGCACCCUGUUCUCAGUGCCUCUUCAUCAGCCACCCCAAGGUGGUCAAGAAGCACAUGAUGUUCUUUCACAGCAAACUCACCAACCAUUUACAAACGAGUGAAGUGUCUACACUUAGCCAUCGUGGAAAUGAGCGAUAUCAGUGCAGAAAAUGUGGAUUCCAAGCCUCCUCUAUCUUUGCGAUGAAGAAGCACAUCAUUCUCAAGCACCUGGAUAGAGUGGCAGAACAGUACAUAGGUUACAGAUUACACCUUCAAGGAACCACCUCUAUAAAAGUCCACUGCUGCAAGGUGUGCAGGGUGAACACUGGGACCUUGGACCAAAUGUUGCAUCACAUGCUGGUGGAGCCAACGCACUAUUCAGUCAGCACACAAGUACAGAGCUUAAUUUAUGAGAACAAGAACUUCACCAUCAAAUCAACUCCAAAUGGGAAUGGGUUGUUUGUGACAUUCCCAAGCAUUGCUCCUAAACCCCAAACGACUCAAAUGUUCAACAGCAAGUCAUUGGUGUUGCCAAGUAAUGGCCAACCUACUGGUACUGUGGUGACGUUACAGCAACUAGCUGGAGCUACUAAUAGUACUACUCUGAUCUGCGCCCCUGGAACCAACCAAGCUUUCUUGCCCCCACAAGCCUCAGCACUAGUGCAGCUAGCUAGUGCUGAGGCUAAAGGUUUACUCCAGCCUGGUGCCACCAUCGCCCUGAGAAGUGCUUUGCCCCAAGGACCAUCAAUGGUCCAGCUUCCAGCAAUGUCUAAUGUGUCCCUCAAAUCUGCACCAAUGGCUUUAGCACCUCCUUCUCAGCCGCAACAGACUCCUCAAGCACAGCAAAUCCUUCUGCCUCCAGGGCUGCAGGCCAGUAUGGCCACUGGCCCUGGAACUGUAACUAAGCCAGCCAUGGUUACACAAAAUGCAUCAAUAAACCAAAUCACCUUACAAGGUACCAUGCUGACUUCACAGUCUCUGCUGAGUCACCUGAUCCCAACCGGCAACAGAGUGAACGGCAUGCCCACGUAUACUUUUGCUCCGCUGCAGGUAGCAGUGCCUAGCCCUCAGAGUGCAAACACCCCUCUCAAGUCAAUCGAGCAAACAAGCAACUCCUCCCCACAAACUAAGAAAUGGAUCACCUGUCCGCUCUGCAAUGAACUUUUCCCUUCCAAUGUCUUUGACAUCCAUACCGAAGUCGCACACCAGACAAAGUCCACCUCAACCAAGUCGGAAAGUGUGGCUGCACGAGCAGCCUUCUUGAAGAAAAUGCCGGACAAAACCAUUAAAUGUCUAACGUGCAAAAUUCUACUGUCAGAAAAAAGCGUCUUCCAACACCUGCUCCACGGCCUGAACUGUUUGUACUGCUCAGCUUUGUUCUUUUCAAUCAGGCAGCUUGCAGAGCAUGUUAAGCUACACAACCCCACGAGCAAGCCGUACUGUGAUUUUCUGAGACAAAAGUACAGGGUCUACUCUAAAGGUUCAGGUGGAAUCCUGUUCCCUUACUUUGAUGUUCACACCACAGCUCCUAAAGAGGUCUUAGGAGAUAUUGAGGUAAACCUCGCCCUGGUCACAAACACCCUUGACUUGAUCUUCUUUAAGUUGCAGCCUGCCAGUCAGCCAGACAUUUGCUCUGCACCUGUUAAAGUCAACAGCACGUACUGUCCCUUCUGUGAUGAAAAGUUCCAGAGUGAAUCCCAACAUCUUCAGCACCUCAAAGAAAAACAUUUUGUAGCACCAACCAUUCAUGCUAUCCUGAAGACAGAGGCGUUCAAGUGCAUAUACUGCAAUGGUGUAUACACAGGAAAGGUUACCCAGCAGGCUGUGAUGCUCCACAUUCAGCGAUGCCGCUGUUCACCAAAACCAACUCAACCACAGCCCCCCAAACCUACAGUAGCACCCCAAGCACCACCAAAACCAGCUCCGCAGCUCAGCCAGCCAUCUGGACUCUACUUCCUCCAAGUGCCACAAGGGCUGACUGUAAAACAAGCUCUGGCUCCAGCUCGUGUGAUUCCAGCCCCUGCAACCCCUGCAAGGCCUCCAGAGUCAGAAGCAGAGAAGCAGUCUAAGCAACGGCUGGAGGCAGCGUUGAAGCAGGUCAUAGAGGCCAAUAAACGAGAGCGAGAACAUAGGGCAGCCAUGCGGAGGAAGCGAGAGCAGGAAAGGUUGUUGCCCCCACCAGAGCCGGUGAUUCAGAGCGACCCCACGGUGAAGCUGGCACUGGAGCCAACCUUGGUGGACCGCCGCUGCAUCGAUGAGCGCAGAGACUUUAUAUCCAAAUACUUCAACGUGAACCCUUACGCGACCAAACCCGAGACCGAAGAGCUGUGCAGGAGGCUGUUGGUCACCAAAGCAGAGCUGGCAGCACUCUUCAGCAAGAAGCGCAGCAAAUGUAUGAAGAGUUUGAAGAGGAACACGGCGGCCAUUCUCCUGGGAUUCAACAUGACAGAACUGAGCAAAGUCAAGCACAAUCUCCUCAUCCCAAAACCACAGGUGGCGGACACAGCAGAGCCUGAUGAUGCUCCUGAGCAGCCUGUAGAGUCUGCAGAGCCGAUGGAAAAGCGUGACGAUGGACCAGAACCGAUGGAUGAAAGUGGAAAUGAUAAAGUUACAGGUGGAGAACAAGUGGAGCCGAUGGAAUGUGUUUAAUAAAUAGAACAAACCUUAAAGUUAAAAAAUAAUGCAAAUGCAGGUGUCCUUAAUCAAAGCAGAAUAAAAUCCUGAUACUUAAGUGACGGCCUCUUGUAUUGAUAGUUACUAGAGAAGUUCACCAUGCAGUGCGCACAGUGUAUUCCUAAACAUACAAGUUACCUGUAAGUGAGGCCAGUUAGUUAAUGCAGCCUUCAUUAAUAGUGCUUUGUUUAUCAGUAUGCUGUCAGUGGUUCAUACUCUAAUUUCCACAUUAAUGCAAAGCCACGUUUCAAUGCUCCUAGACUUCAGAUGUGUUGUCUCUACGUCGGUGUCAGACUGUUAAGAUGCAACAGUAUUUAGCUGGUUAUAACUCUUCAUUCUUUAAUGGCUACUGACUUCUCUUUAAGCACUGGUUAGCCCCUCUUCUGCACCCUUUAUUUAAGCCCCUUUGUACAAAAUUGUGAUUUUCUACAUCAUUGCCUGACAAUACCCAGACUAGAGCACACCCUUGGACCUUACCAUGAUUUAUUAUUAUAUUAAGAUUUCUUCAAAGAGUCUUUGUUUUUUUCAUAACUUUAUUGCACAGAGCUUUGAUAUUUUGUUUUUCCAUUUUCUUUAGAUCCUUUAGAUUUUUCACACGCCUUCUCUACAUUUAACAAGUUAAAGGGGAAAAUGUUUCAUGGUCAAAUUUGCAGACAAUUUGGGAGAACGUUCACCUUGAAUCUAAAUUUGGGAGAUUGUACACGUAUGAGAUUUCAGGUUUGGGGAAUUAAGGAACGCUAAGCUAUUAUAAAUUUCCAACCAUGUUGCCUGCAUGAGCAUUAGUUAAAUUAGAUGAAAUAAGUUGUGCCAUUGUGAGGUCUACAUAUUUGCAUUGACUUGUGGAAAAUUUUCUCGACAUUUGACAAAACAAGUUAUUGGGUGUUCAACACAUAUCUUUUGUUCUCUUGACAGCUGUUUCUUUUUGUACUGUGUGCGUGUUUUCUAUGAUUCUAAGAAGAUGAGCGACUUUGAGAAGGGUACACACUCAUUAUGUGCAAGGCCACUGUGUUGUAAAAAAUAAAGUGGUUUCCUUUUAUGAUUCAUUCAUUUUUAGUUUUCAUUUCUUAAUAAAAAACUAUAAUUCAACCAAA